GCAGUGUCCAAGUCGUCAGGCAUCAUUCAAGCGCACUCAAAUUUUAUGUUGGCUUUAGGAAAGCGCGAAGGGGUGUAGAGGGCAGGUCUUGCAAAAUGGCGCCGGGGCAGACUGCCUCCGCUGCCGAGCCGCCUGCGCUUACUUGGAAACUCAUAGGCGCUGCUGUAUGGCAUGCAGCCGCGAUCGGUUUGGCAAACUCUAUAUUUGCGCUGCUUGCGAUGCCGCCUAGUCUCGGCAGCUUGCUGUAUCGGCCGUCGGGCAUUCUUAUGCACGUGCUGCUGUAUGGGCUGCAACUGACAUCGCUAGUUGGCCAUCGUGCGGUCCUGGCGUCGAACGAGUUCGCGCCGGUGACCUUUCCUAAGCUGGGCAUCCAUGGGCGCACUUGGAUUUCGCUCUUCUUGACACGCGUGGUCGUGCGCGGGCGCACGUGGAGCCACUUCGUGGCGACGUCAAUGUUCUUCGGGCUCAACAUGCUUGGGGGCGCGGCGUACUGCGUGCUCUACGCGCGGCUGAAGGUGGGCCCCGCCGCGACCAGCGCGUGGAGUCUGUGGUUUGGCAUGCUGCUCGGCGUGUGCUACUCGGUCGGCUACCUUGUCAGGGGCUGUGACGUACUCAGCUACCCUGUGCUGCAACGGCACCGCUGGUUCCGCCUGAAGGAGCGCAUACCGUCAGCGGUCCUUACGGCAACGCACAUCACUGCGGCGGCUCUUGGCCUGGCGCUGCUGUUGCGACAGUCGCUGCUUCUGCACCCGCGGCUGCUGUACGGCUGGGGCGUAGCGGCGGGGCUGUGCUCGCUGUGCUGGGCGCUGGGUGGCGCACUACUGCAGCUGGUGUUCACAGAGAGGCUGCAGCUGGCGCGGCCGGGUGACGCCGACGCCAACGCGCCGCUCCUGGCUGAGCUGGCGAGCAGCAACACCAUCAUGCAGGACCUGGCACUGCUGGAUCUGGCGCUUACCACGGAGGGGCAAGGUGGCGACGCUGCCUGGCGGCGCGCGGCGAUUUUCGCCGACGAGAGCGGCAGGGCAGCGUGGGGUCCGGUGGCAGCACUGAUGCUGGGAGAAGUGCGCGACUUCACCACUGCGCUGGCGGCGGCGCUACCUUCAGCGGCAGCGGAGGCGGCAGCGCUGUCCAGGCCAGGGGCAGCUGUGGCGGCUGGCGGGGCGGGAGGCGGGGCUGCAGCUGUACGGUGGAACGUGCUGCGCAUGUCGCCCAGCACCGGUCUGCGCGUCAUCAGCCGAGAGCAGGACCUAGCCGCCUGGAACGUUCGCGCGAAGUACUACAGGGUCGGCUGGUGCCUACGUGGGCUGUGCGGUCUGACAGUGGCGGCGCAGCGUGGCGAGGACCGCUUCGGUGUGGUGCUCCUGUGUGAGCCGGCACUGCCUGACAUAGCACUCACGCUGCUGUCUGCGGUGUUGGUGCUGCAGCACUACACCAAGUUUGUGACAGCCACGCGGUCGCGGCACGCCUCAACAUUGGAGAGGCUCGCGCGGCAGGUGGGGUUGAUGACCACCUCCAUCUCGGGCCGCGUCACCAACGUGACGCUGCAGCCGGUGGACGAGGUGGCGUUUGCGCUGGAGGGCAUGGCGCGCAACGCAGUGAACCGCCUGGCGCUGGCCUACGGCGACAAGCUCAAGGAGUGCGUGCUGCGGGAGGCGCGCGUCAAGCCCGCGUACGGCACACCAACGGAACUGGCAGCGCUGCUGACGUCUGUCCUUGCUUGAUCGCCCUAAGCACUGGCAUCCGUGCAUGAGCUCCUCCUGGCGACUGCAGCGCGGCACCAGUGGCGGCGACGUCUGCGUGGAAGGCAAGGCCAAGCGGAGGAGGCUGUGGUGCAGCCAAGGGCGGAGUAGGCGCGCGGUUGAGGUUGGCCGGUGUCUGUUUAGGUGGGUUAGCAUCCAGCGAGGUACAGCACUUGGGCAACUGGUAACAUCAGCAGUGUGACCAUGUGACGGCAGCGCGACAGUACGCUGUGCCUGGCUGUGCUGGGCCGCUGGAACGAGCGGGCAACGUAGAGCAAUCAUACCAGAUGCACAUAAUAAGUUUUUGAUGAGAUUCCGUCUAUGCUACUGGCCAAUCACUGCGAAGCGUGCCUGGGAAAUGCCUAGGGAGUGCCACAGUGGACAAGAAAGUUGGCUCUCCCUCCCAAGAGAAACGUGGGCGCUCAGCCCAAAAACUGCCCCGUCUUCAAGGAACAAUGUAGCGUUGCGCGGGCUUUAGGGCUGCUCGAUCCGUCUGUAGACGGUACCCACCGUGGCCCGCGGCGGCGCUCAUAUGACUCGGUUGCGGCUAGGGUUGCGGUGUAGGCGCUGCGCGGGGAUUCCCAUCACGCAGUCCGGCCUAGGUCCGAGAUGUGUCUCAUGUGUGGAGCUGUCGGACCGGCGGUUUGUGCAGUGCUAGCCCUCUUAACCGUUGCGGUUGUCGCCUUUCCUAGGCGUAGCACGUGCUAUUUGUUGCUUCAUUGUGUGGGAACGCGGCGAGGGCGAGAUAGGCUCGGAUGCCCUCGCCUCGGAUGCCCCGGUCGGCUGGACAGUGGGCGAGGGUGAGCUGUAAUCAAACACACGUCUG